AGGUUGUAUGGCAGAUCCCCUCCUCCCCAUGUAACAACAUCUCACUUUCUCUUUAUAAAACCUCACUUCCCUUCCUUCCUUUCUCCUUCAUUCUCUCAUCAUCAUCGUCAUUUCCUUCUUCAGUAUUUCCUUCCUUGGUUUCUCUUCCAUCAUUUUGUGAUCUUCAUUACUCCUCCUGAGUCCUAAUUCACUAGCCCUUUCCUUUGUUUUCCUUAUCAGUCAGGCACUAGGCAAGCAAGGGCAUUGAAAAAUGUGUAGUUCAAAGGCCAAAGUGAGUAUAGGUAUUGAGGACUCCUCGGCGGCAACCCCACUGGUGAUGGCCAGAAUCAAUGGCCGGCCGGUGCUUCAACCGACUUGUAACCGAGUUCCUAACCUUGAGAGGAGGAAUUCCAUCAAGAAAGUGCCACCACCGAAGUCACUUUCUCCACCUACACCACAUCCAUUGUUCCCAGCCAAGACUUCAUUGACACCUCCAGUUUCUCCAAAGUCACUAAUUUCUCCAAAGUCCCCAAGGCCUCCAGCAAUCAAGAGAGGGAAUGACAGUAAUGGGCUGAACCUGAACUCAAGUUCUGAAAGGGUUAUAGUGCCAACCCCAAGAAACUCCAUGAAAGCUAAUCCUACUUUGGAGAGGAAGAAGUCAAAGAGUUUUAAGGAAGGGUCUUGUGGUUCUGUUGAGGCAUCUUUGAGCUAUUCUUCUUCUUUGAUCAUCGAGGCACCUGGAAGCAUUGCUGCUGUGAGGAGGGAACAGGUGGCUCUGCAACAAGCGCAGAGGAAAUUGAGGAUUGCCCAUUAUGGAAGAUCAAAAUACGCCAAGUUUGAAAGAGUUAUUCCUCUUGAUUCUUCAAGCAAUCUCUCAACAAAGACAAGUGAGGAGCAGAAAAGAUGCAGCUUUAUCACCAGCAAUUCAGAUCCCAUCUAUAUUGCUUAUCAUGAUGAGGAAUGGGGAGUUCCAGUUCAUGAUGACAAGAUGCUGUUCGAACUCCUGGUCCUAAGCAGUGCUCAGGUUGGAUCUGAUUGGACCUCAAUCUUGAAGAAACGCCAAGAUUUCAGGACUGCAUUUUCAGAGUUCAAUGCAGAAAUAGUGGCCAACUUGACAGAAAAGCAAAUGAUGGCUAUUAGUUUGGAAUAUGGGAUUGAUAUUAGCAGAGUUCGAGGUGUUGUUGACAAUGCUAACCGAAUUUUACAGCUGAAGGAGGAUUUUGGAACAUUUGACAAAUACAUAUGGGGCUUUGUGAAUCACAAACCUAUCUCCACUCAAUACAGGUUUGGCCACAAGAUCCCAGUGAAGACAUCUAAGUCAGAGACCAUAACCAAAGACAUGGUCAGAAGAGGUUUUCGGUUUGUUGGUCCGACCGUGGUUCACUCAUUCAUGCAAGCAGUCGGUCUAACCAAUGACCAUUUGAUCACUUGCCACAGACACUUGCAAUGCACCUUAAUGGCAGCUCGCCCCCACCCCCCACCACAGACCACUCUCCCUAGAACCAAAUCUCAACAAGAAAUUCUUAAAUAUCAUACAGCCUAUAUCAAUAUAAUGAUCAAGAUAUGACCUGCAUAACUAUAACUCAUUUAGGAUUGUUCAGAUUAAGUCUUGAACGUUAUAUCUACAUGUGCUAUAUGAUACGUGAGAAUUUCAAAAGUUGACAACAAGAGCUGAUAUAUGCUGAAGAGCAUAUAUACAAAAAGCAACCUGCUGAAGUGCUAAUUAUAGCUUGUGUAUAGUAUUAGAUUAAUUUGGGAGACAUUGUAAUGACGGUUUGGGUUUGAUUUAAAGCAUGCAUUUAAGAGGGGAAAAGGGUUUGAAAUGUGUUAUGAAGAGGUGGGAGAGUCAGGGGACAGAGGGCAUGUGCUUGUUCAACUGUGAAGGCGAGGGCAUGUGUGGGGUGUCAGUUAGCUUGCUUUAUGGGCAUGUGACCCUUCAGACUUCGCAUUAUUUAGUGCGCUUUAACAGCCUGUGUGUGAGAGAGGGAGGUACAUGUAGAGAGAGGGUGUGUAGGGGUCCACCUCUUCCUUCUUCUAUGUUUUUUUGUUCUGUUUUGUUUUGUUUGGGUUUUGUGCUGUCUAACUUUUUGGUUUUGGCUUAGUCCACAAUACACGUGGUUUUGGAGUUGGUGUGUAUCUUUUGAGUGAUGUUCAAUUCAUUGGCCAUGUGCUUCUCUGUACCAUUUGCUUACUAAUACAAGACUUUUUUCUCUCUAA